AGUGAGGCCAGGGAUCGAACCCACAUCCUCACGGAUACUAGUCGGAUUCGUUACCACUGAGCCACAGCGGGAACUCCCCAUACACACAUCCACAUGCCAUUCAUAUUAAAAUGAAUGUCUUGACUGCAAAUACAGAGUGUGAUAUUUCAACCCAGUGAAUCAUGUUGUUUUACUUUUCUCUCUCAGUCACCUUCACCACAUGGAACCAUGGAACCUCACAGGAGUUUCAGAAUUUAUUCUCUUGGGAUUUUCAGAGGAACCAGAACGGCAGACCCUCAUAAUUGUGUUUUUCCUCUCCAUGUACCUAAUCACUGUGUUUGGGAAUCUGCUCAUCAUAAUGGUCACAAUCUAUGACUCCAACCUGCACACGCCUAUGUACUUCUUCCUCUCCAACCUGUCCUUUGCAGACAUCUGUUUCAUCACCAUGACUGUCCCAAAGAUGCUGGUGAACAUCCAGACACAGAGUAAAGUCAUAACCUAUGCAGGAUGCAUCACCCAGGUGUACUUUUUCCUAUUCUUUUCAGGGUUGGACAUCUAUCUUCUGACCGUGAUGGCCUAUGACAGGUUUGUGGCCAUCUGUCACCCCCUGCAUUACAUGGUAAUCAUGAACCCCCGACUCUGUGGACUGCUGCUGCUGGUGACCUGGAUUAUAAGUGUCCUGCAUUCACUGUUACAAAGCCUAAUGGUGUUGCGACUGUCCUUCUGUACAGACCUGGAAAUCCCCCACUUUUUCUGUGAACUCAAUCAGAUGGUCCAACUUGCCUGUUGUGACACUUUUCUUAAUAACAUGGUGAUGUAUUUUGCAGCUGUGCUGCUGGCUGGAGGUCCUCUUGCUGCGAUCCUCUUCUCAUACUCUAGGAUAGUUUUGUCCAUAUGUGGAAUCUCAUCUGCUCAGGGGAAAUCCGCAGCAUUUUCCACCUGUGUGUCUCACCUCUCUGUCGUCUCUCUAUUUUUUUGUACAAGUCUAGGAGUGUACCUUAGCUCUGCUGCUACCCACAGAUCACACUCAAGUGCAAAAGCCUCAGUAAUGUACGCCGUGGUCACGCCCAUGCUAAACCCCUUCAUCUAUAGCCUGAGGAAUAAAGACAUAAAGGGGGCUCUGAAAAGACUCUUUGGGAUGGCAGCUUUGCAAGGGCCAGUGGUCAUAGGACUGAAGAACUGCCCAUGAUGUCAGAGCUCAAUGUCUCAGCAUCAGAAGUUGUAAUUGUUUUCUUUUUCUUUCUUUUUUUUGGUCUUUUUAGGGCUGCACCUGUGGCAUAUGGAAGUUUCCAGGUUAGGGGUUGGAGCAGCAAUGCCAGAUCCAAGCCUCGUC